CGUCUGGUAGAUAGGUGUGUUAGCAGAGUGUCUUUGUUGUGUUUUUUAAAGUGUGAACAUGUCUAAAGUCCAAAUGCUGAGAGCGUUGGUGAAGCAGCGACUAACUGCGGCUGCUGAAGAGAUAUUUGGGCUGGUUGAAAGAACGAUAGCAGAGUACGAGGAGGAACUUUGUCGAUCAAAAGAGGAGAACGAGCGACAACGGAAACUACUGGACGCUGUUUCCAACCCUCAGCCUCAGUUAAACAAAGCAGACGUCCAGCAGCUGUUGGUGGUUAAAGAAGAGGUUCCCCCUGAGCAGCAGGAGUGGAGCUCCAGUGUGGACCAGGAGGACCCAGAGCCUCCACACAUUAAAGAGGAACAGGAGGAACUCUGGAUCAGUCAGGAGGGAGAGCAGCUUCAAGGGCUGGAGGAGGAUGAUAUCAUCAAGUUUACCUUCAUUCCUGUCCCUGUGAAGAGUGAAGAUGACGAAGAGAAACCUCAGUCCUCACAGCUUCAUCAAAGACACACUGAACAGAUGGAAACAGAAGCAGAAGGAGAGGACUGUGGAGGAGCAGAACCAGCCAGGAACUCAGAUCCAGAUACACAUUUACAACCUGAGACUGAUGACAAGACUGGAGAGUCUUCUGAACCUGAGACUGAUGACAGUGAUGGUUGGAAGGAGACCAGAGAACCUCCGUCAGGUUUAAACUGUCUGAUAAAUGAUGAAGUCUCUGUCAAUGAUUUGAUUGUUGAUGAGAAACGAUUUAGCUGCCCUGAGUGUGGGAAAAGAUUUGGUCACAAGGGACAUCUGAGGAUUCACAUGAGAUCUCAUACUGGAGAGAAACCAUUUAGCUGCUCUGAGUGUGGUAAAAGAUUUGGUCAGAGUGGCGAUCUGAAGAUACACAUGAGAUCUCAUACAGGUGAAAAACCAUUUAGCUGCUCUGAGUGUGGGAAAAGAUUUGGUCACAGUGGCGAUGUGAAGAAACACAUGAGAUCUCAUACAGGAGAGAAACCAUUUAGCUGCUCUGAGUGUGGGAAAAGAUUUGGUCAGAGAGGAAAUUUGACGAGACACAUGAGAUAUCAUACAGGAGAGAAACCAUGUAGCUGCUCUGAGUGUGGGAAAAGAUUUUGUCAAAUUGAGCAUCUGAAGAGACACAUGAGAACUCAUACAGGAGAGAAACCAUUUAUCUGCUCUGAGUGUGGGAAAAGAUUUUGUCAAAGUGGAAGCCUGAGGAAACACAUGACGUCUCAUACAGGAGAGAUAAAGGGCAAGGCGAUAUGAACAGAAAUUCAUAUCAGCGAUACACAAUAGACACACAUAGAGCCUUUCACGGAAAAUACCUAUAUAGGUAUUUUCCGUGAAAGGCUCUAUGUUUUCAGUUGCAAGUCAAAGCCACAUUUGAGAUGUCAUAAGCACUUUUAUGAAAACAGACUUUCAAAAUGAAUUUUAAAGAUAGAGAUUUUAUUCCCCUGUUUGAAGAUAUGCAGGUGCACAACAGUUACACUUCCAUCACACCAGUGGGCGGUGGGAAUUCUGUGAAGCGCUGUAAAGUUUAGUUGAUUCAAAACACACAACAAACAGGGCUUAAUAAUGACCACCUGAACACAUGCACACAGCUCAGCUUCACUAUAACUCGCAGCAUUCACAGACAAACACUUGUCUUUAUCUGGACACAUUUUCCCCACAAAUGCAACAUGCUAAUGUUAUUGGCACAGGCAUUUUACAUUAAAUGAAUUAGCCUAGCGGCCAGCGCACUUUUCCUCUACUCAUAUGAAGCCAGGGACAACAGCAACAUUUAACAAAGGGAACGGUACAAAACAGGGCAUUUAGGGAGGGGCGGCCCUGGUACAAGAUUUCUCUCCAUUACAACUCACAAGGUUCACUGACAACUGUCUCAUACUAAACACAUUUUCCAAUUAAGUACAACAUGCUAACGCUAUUAGCAUAAGCCUAUGCUUAUUUUUUACAUUGUAUAACUUGUAUAAAUUAGCCUAGCGAAAAGUGGAGAUUUCCUCUGCUCAUAUGAAGUCAGGAUAAAUCACACGCUGGACUUAAAAUGUUACUUUUGAGGAGGUUUUAAUUUCUUCAUUAUUUAUUGUUUCUUAUCUGUGAAAUUAAAGUAAAUAAGAGCUUUAUUUCCACUGAGAGAAAUGGUUUCAGCUUACGAAAAUAGACAGGAGGUCUGCGUCGACAUGUAGUUUCAUUUCUGGUGAGGUGCACGUCUGACUAGGGUUUUAAAAAGUGUUGCUGGAGAACUUGUGUGUGAGUUAGUGGGGCAGAGCUGUGCAGAGUGUGAGAGAGGAGAGAUGCACACUGGCAUGUACAGUACAGGCCAAAAGUUUGG